CUAAAACCUCAUACAGACAUGGUUAAAUCUGCAGCAGAAAUCUCUUCAAAGAUGGUUGCAUUGGAGGUCCGACCUGAUGCAUGGAAAGAAUUGCAAUUCAUGCAUGUGGCAAACUUCCCUCAGUCCCAUUGUACUCGUUGUAACAAUGAUAUUUGCCUUCAAUGCGGGGAAUCUACCCAUCACCCUGGAAUGACUUGCAUUCAGUUUAUGCGUUAUAAAGUAGCUAAUCCUCAUUUGUUCAUUAUUAAUCACUGUCACGCACUUGAAAACAUGAAAUGGAAACUUGCGAAUUCAAAGUCUUGUCCAAAUUGUUCUAUUCUUAUUAACCGCGAUGAUGGAUGUAACAAAGUCGAUUGCUUACAUUGUGGUUAUAGGUUUUGUUGGAUUUGUAGAAAUAGAUGGUCAGAAAAUUGUGGUUUUUACAAGUGCAGAAUGGUAAAAUCAAAGAGAAAACGGGAUAAGGAGAAAUAUCCUGCAGGAAAUCAACGACAACGGAUUUCGCCAUUCAAGAGACAAGCGCAAAUGCAUGUACAAGAAGUAGCGUUAGAUAAUAAUGAUGCUAACGAAGGG